CAGAUUUAACAGCUUGAAUCAUUUUAGGCCACAUUUUGAGGGCAUCAAGUGGCAUUUCACUUGAAACAGGAGUCUCAGGAUUCAUUGCGUCUUUCAUGCCCUAUUCAGACACUGGACGGGUCAGUUCACUUGUGUUGAUUGUCACGAAACGAUUUCGUGCUACACUGUUUCUGAUAAUAGUUUACCCUAACACGCACAACCUAGUUAAGUAUUUUGAGCUCACGAGAAUUUUUCAGCUACCAAAGAUUCUCGAAAGAUCACGAGGAUCUAAUCAAACCUUCACCUGGCACGAUACGUUGUAUACGACAGCAUAUGAAAUUAGUAUACAACGACACAACAUCGGAAUGUGUGAACAGUCUGACCAUCCGAUACACACCCUCCGCCAAUUUGCAGCAGAAGUUCCGCGUAUUAAAGCACGUGCUUACGUUGUUAUUUCGACUGGAAUAGUGAACUGAAGUUCAUGUGAUGCAUAUAUCCUGUUAACGAGUGGAAAAGUGUAUUCAUUACUCCAAUUAUUCAGCGUUGUAUCCCUCUAUACAAAUAUGGAGAAGAAAAAGUAUCUGAAAAAGACAAAGGGGAGGGAAAAAGCAUCGGACAAGGAAAUGGAAAUCGACAGCGAGAUGCUUGAACAUCGAUCCGAAGUAAACGAGAAUUCCGAAGACGAAAUGGAAGGAUUUGAAGCAGAGAAGCUGCUUGCAGCCGUAUCGAAAAACAAAUCUGGAGGAUUCCAGGCACUCGGCCUCAGCCACAAUAUCUUAAAGGGCAUUCAGAAAAAAGGCUAUAAACAACCAACGCCUAUUCAACGCAAAGCGAUACCAGUAAUUCUGCAAGGUCAAGACGUCGUCGCCAUGGCUCGCACGGGGUCCGGAAAAACGGCCGCCUUUCUCCUUCCUUUAUUCGAACGCCUGAAGGCGCAUUCAGCCGUGACCGGCGCAAGGGCUCUCAUUAUUGCACCUACGCGAGAGUUGGCUGUGCAGACUCAUCGCUUUUGCAAAGAUCUAGGAAAGUUUACUGAUCUACAAAGUGUAGUUAUUCUUGGAGGCGACGCACUUGAAGAUCAAUUUGCGGCAAUGCAUGAAAAUCCUGAUAUUAUCAUUGGUACGCCGGGCCGAUUACUGCAUCUCAUUAUGGAGAUGAACCUUAAGCUGAAAACAGUUGAAUAUGUUGUAUUUGACGAGGCUGACAGGUUAUUCGAGAUGGGAUUUCAAGAACAAAUGACAGAAACCCUGAACCGGCUUCCCGACGUUCGCCAGACAGUACUCUUUUCGGCAACUUUACCCCGACUUUUAGUCGAUUUCGCCAGGGCUGGUCUCAAGGAUCCGACUUUAAUCCGCCUUAAUACCGACUCCAAGCUGCCAGAUACACUUAAAACGGUCUUCUGGGUGAUGCGAGAUGAGGAUAAAUACCCCGCAGUCAUCCAUCUCGUUAGGACACUCUUGGAAAAUAAACAACUAACCGUUGUCUUUGUGCCUACCAAGCAUCAUGUUGAGUACCUAAAGGAGAUUUUCGAGAAAGCAGGUAUACCGUGUAGUUGCGUGUAUAGUUCGUUGGAUCAGCAGGCACGUAAAAUAGCUGUAGCCAGCUUCAAGUCAAAGAUAGUUCGCAUCAUGCUUGUGACCGAUGUAGCGGCUCGAGGAAUUGAUAUUCCGUUACUGGACCACGUCAUUAACUUCAGUUUUCCAGCAAAACCAAAGCUGUUUGUUCAUCGUGUAGGUCGAGUUGCACGGGCCGGCCGGUUUGGAACGGCGUUCAGUUUCGUGAGUCCUGAUGAGGCAGCGUAUCUUCAAGAUCUGCAUCUCUUCCUCGAUACCCCACUUAAAUUUAGUGACGAUAACAUGACUGAGGAUGAAUCAGGUGUGACUGGUUCAGUGCCUGAGCUUGUUUUUGAUGAAGAGCGUUCGUUUCUCGAUAGUCUGCAUAAGACAAGCGUCGAACUGAUGAACAUGAAACGGGUAUGCUCUAAUGCAUUGCAGCAAUACAGGAAGUCACGUCCGACCGCGUCUGCGGAGUCCAAUAAACGCAUGAAAUCCCUUCUCAAAGAAACGCUUCCCUUGCAUCCGAUUUUCAGGAAGGACUUAAUCGAUUCUGCUCGAGAAAGUAUGAUUGAAGCCUGUAAGAAGUUCAAACCAUCGGCAACGAUUUUCGAAAUUGGCAACACGGGGAAAACAGACGCUGCGACAAUCAUGAAGAAAAAACGUCAGACCCAUGAUACUCUUAUCGAGAAAAUGAACUCCGACGAAAAAGAAAAGGGCUCCUAUAAACUAAAAUAUGCUGAACCUCGACCAGUAAGUACGCUCGAAGCUGCCGAUGAAGAUGUGAUUUCGAAAGUGUUUGCUGAAGCUACAAAACAUCGAUUACUGAAUGUGAAGAAACGCGUUAAACCUGAUAGUUUUCGCGAUGAGAAAUUCUACAUUCCGCACGUGCCUUCAAAUCACCAUUUUGAAAGGGGUCUCGGCCUUGACAAGAAUUUCAGUCGCGAAAUACAAUCUGAGGUGCUGGAUUUACUUGGUGAAGACGUUGAUGAUAUUCGUAAGAACAAAAGACAGAUGAAGUGGGAUCGGAAGAAGAAGCGCUUCGUGCUCGACGAUGAUGGAAGUGAUCCCAAAAACAGGAAGAUUCGAACAGAAUCGGGCGUUUUAGUGCCAGCUUCGUACAAAAAAGACCUGUAUAAGCAGUGGAAACAAAAGAACAAUAUUGACUAUGGCGCCACUUAUAAUAGCGACGAGGAGCAGGAAGGUGAUAUGUUUGGAAAGCAGAAGCUUUUCCGCAGAGAGUUGGGCGUCAACCAACGCUUCCAGCCCAAGCUGCGACGUGUGACAAUAGACGAGAAAACUGGUAAACCUGUAAAAAGCGAACUGAAACGACCAGAAGUAAUUCUGAAGGAACUUAAAAGAAAGAAAAAGAUUAAGUUUCAACAAAAAAUGGCUAAAAAGAACAGGGAACAAGGAACGAGACGGAAAAAGUUCAAAAGAUGAAUUGCAUUUCUGCAGCAUCAAUUUGUCAUAUCAAGUAAUCUUAAAAAUAAAUAUAGUGACUAAUUCGUUCCACAUCGAAAACAGUUGCAUAUUAAAUUUUUAGAAAUUUUAGAAAUAAAUUUUUUUG